AUGGGGGCUGGUUCGCAAGAUGCUGUUGUCUCGGCUAUGGGACUUUGGCAUAACGAUACUUGGAUGUGGAACUUGUUGUGGACCGACGAACUCACUGUGUUGGAAACUGAUACAGCAGCAGAAUUACUGCUACUGCUGCAACAUAUUCAGCCUGGUAAUAACAGUAGUGAUAGGCGCAAAUGGUCUCCAAACAUAGAUGGUUUUUUCUCUGUAAAAUCUGCGUAUUUGCAACUACAAAACAGAUACGUGUUGGAGGAUAUUGAUGCAAUCACAACAGCAGCCUUAGGGAGUCUUUGGAAGAAUAAUGUCCCUUCGAAAGUUGGCAUUUUCGGGUGGAGGUUGUUGCUUGAAAAAUUACCAACUAGGGAGGCUUUAUUUCGCAAAGGAGUACUCACUAAUCAUCAUGACAGGUUAGAAUUGGCCCUUUCGAUAAAGACAUGGUCACCUCAAGUGGAAGAUGUUUAUCAUUUAGUUGUUAAAGACUUGUUAUUUGAGAAUUAUAAAGCGUGGGAUAUAGCUAAGAUUCGUAACUUGUUUACAGGUUGGGUAGUGGACGAGAUUACUGCAACCCUUCUUAUUGGUUCGGUUAAAGAGGAUAACGUGGUUUGGGAGGAGGAAAGGAAUGAGUGUUAUUCAGUUAAAUCUGGUUACAAUCUAGCCAUGAGAAGUAUUAUUCGAAGCGAUAGGCACCAUGUAGAGGGCAAUUGGAAUGAUAUUUGGAAAGCUCAAUCUCCUUACAAAACGCGUCACUUACUAUGGAGGUUGUGUAGGGGGUGCCUGCCGACGCGAGUUCGCUUGAGACAGCGUUAUGUAGAAUGUGAACUAAGUUGUCCUGUGUGCAAUGUUGAGGUCGAAGAUGAUACUCAUGUGUUUUUUGGAUGCGUAGCAACUCGCGAAUACAGGGUAUUUCAAAUGUGCAGAAACGAGGACAGUGCAAUGAUAGGACGGGUUGCAUCGUUAUUUUGGUGCAUUUGGCAUAAUCGAAACGACAAGAUUUGGAAUGACAAUAUUCAGUCCCCGAGACAAGUUGGAAACAUAGCGUUUGUCGUCUGGAAUGAGUGGUUUUCUGUCCACCAACUACAACGUCAUAACGUUUCUCCGAUUGAGGAUCCUAGGCCGGUUCGGUGGGAGAAACCAGAAGCGGGAUGGAUAAAGUGUAAUGUUGAUGCUGCGUUUGUGGUUGGGUCAGGUGUUACUUCUAUAGGUCUUUGCUUUCGUGAUACCAAUGGACAUUUUGUGGCUGGCUUGACUCAAUGGCAGCAGUCUUUUUAUUCCAUAGUGGAAGGCGAAGCAUUGACACUGUUACAUGCAAUGAAAGAGGCUAUCCAUCGUGGAUUUCAGCGAGUCCAAUUUGAAGUGACUCAAAGGUGUUGGUUGACGUCAUCCAUUCGAGAAGACGGGACAAUUUGA